AUGGGUGAGAAAGAAAGUUCCUCCGCCGACGAAACUUCGGUUAUGGAGUCUUCCAGCCCUCUUUUUAUUCAUUCUUCUGAUCACCCAGGCCUUCUGUUAGUUUCCAAGAAGCUUAAUGGUGACAAUUAUGCAACCUGGCAGCGUUCCAUGGUUAUUGCCCUCACUGCCAAGAACAAGAUUGGAUUUGUUGACGGCUCCAUCGAACGACCAUCAUCUACCAAGAAGUCCGAUAAUUACACUCUUUGGGACCGUUGUGACAAGAUGGUUCUUUCUUGGCUAUUAAAUUCAGUUGACUCCGACUUGGCAGAUAGCGUGGUUUACGCAGCAACCGCAAGAGAAAUUUGGCAAGAUUUUGAAGACAGAUUUUCCCUAGGCAACGCUCCAAGAAUUUUUCAGAUCCAAAAGAUGAUUGUUUCUCACACUCAAGGAACUAUGUCGGUAUCCUUAUAUUACACCAAACUCAAGGCUUUAUGGGACGAGCUUGCUUCUUAUAAUCUUUCUCCUACUUGUUCUUGCGGUGGUAUGAAAACAUAUAAUGAACAUAAAGAUCGAGAUCACAUCAUGCAGUUUUUAAUGGGUCUCAAUGAUUCUUAUAACACAGUGCGUGGUCAAAUUCUACUUAUGAAUCCUCUCCCAAGUGUCCGCAAAGCAUAUUCUUUGAUUACUCAAGAAGAGAAACAAAGGGAAAUUGGCUCAUCCACAACUGAACACUUCUCCAUUGCUGCAGCCGUCCGAAAUACCAAAAGUAAUAAUUUUUCCCAAAAUCGAUCUCGUGGACACGACGCCAACGGCAAUCCUCUCCAUUGUAGUUACUGUGAUCGCGACUACCAUACUGUUGAACGCUUUCACAAGUUGCACGGGUACCCACCCGGGCACAAACUUCAUCAUGGUGACAGAAACGCUGCUUCUUCGACUGGUGGUAACUCUGGCAGCAACCGUAUCUCUGGGUGCAACUAUGGUGGUAAUUCUAGCACGCGACAAACACCAACAGCCCAUCAAGUAGACGCCAAUUCCUCUUCAGUGCAACAGGCCAGUCAGCUCCCUUCCACUAGUCCAAGCGGUCCAAUGGCAAUGGGUCACACCUUGCCACCAAUCCAGUCGACCUCCAAUUUGGAAUCUGUUCUCUCUGGGCUCACUAAUGAACAGUGCAAACAACUUACAGCUGCUAUGGUAAAAUUUUCCACACCUUCAUCAUCCGACAACUCCACUGCUUUUGCUAAUGCGGCAGGUCUGUUUAAUCCUUCUCUCCCUUCCAUUAAUUCCAUUUUUUCUCAUCCUUGGAUUCUUGAUAGUGGAGCUACGGAUCACAUUACAUCUGACUCCUCUUGUUUUGUUGACAAGAAUCCCUCACAUGUACCCUCCGUUAAUUUACCUACCGGCUCAUCUGUACCCAUUGAUUCCACAGGCACAAUUCUUUUUAAUAAGGACAUUACUCUCACAGAUGUUCUUCAUGACUUGGCUACGGGGAAGAUGAUUGGUUGGGGUAAACAAAGUGGUGGUCUAUACUACAUGUCACCGCUCUCACCAUCACCAAUUUCUUGUCACAUCCCACCGUCUUCUCAUCUUUGGCAUCAACGGCUUGGCCACCCAUCACCUGCCCGUCUCCAACUCCUCCAUAAAUUGUUUCCUUUUAUUUCUGUUCCAUUUGACAAUACUUGUGAUGUCUGUCCUAUGGCCAAACAGACUCGGAUUCCUUUCCCUUCAACUAUGCUACUGUUGUCCAUCCAUCUCAUAAAUUUGAUUCUCGUACUCAUCGUUGUGUCUUUAUCGGGUAUCCCACAGGUCAAAAAGGUUACAAACUUUAUGAUAUGGAUCACAAAAAAAUUUCUUGUCAGUCGGGAAGUCCACUUCUUUGAACAUAUUUUUCCUUAUCAAACUCAUUCUCAUACUCCUUCCUUUGUCCUGCCACUACCCCAAACUGACUUUCCUCCUUCCUCUGGGCCUGCCGAGCCCCCACCAAUGCCACAUAACCCCCAAGCCUGCAACCAACCGGCACCCUUUGCACCUGUGGACCCACCAUCUCCUACUUCUUUCGACUUUGCCCCUGUAGACCCCCCAUCUUCCACUACCUCUGACCCAGCUCCCACCCCACUUGAACUAGGUUCCUCUCCCCAACCCGACACCACCACUGCUCCUCUUCGUAUCUCUACUCGCACCAAACAUGCACCUGCGUGGCAUCAUGACUACCAUAUCUCUCAUGCUAUUGUUUCUCCCAACCAAUCUUCUGAACCGACGUCAAUUCCUACAGGUCACAUUGAACCUGCCACCUAUGAUCAAGCUGUUUCGGAUCCUCAAUGGUGUGCCGCCAUGCAAGCUGAGUUGGAUGCCCUUGCCCUCAACAAUACUUGGUCCCUUGUGCCUCUUCCUACUGGUUACAAACCCAUCGAUUGCAAAUGGGUUUAUCGUAUUAAAUAUCACUCCGAUGGCACCAUUGAACGCUACAAAGCGCGUCUCGUUGCCAAAGGUUAUACUCAAGUUGAAGGUGUGGAUUAUUUGGAAACCUUUUCUCCGACUGCCAAACUCAUUACUCUCCGCUGCUUACUUGCCAUUGCCGCUUCUCGCAAUUGGUUUCUCCAUCAGUUGGAUGUCCAAAACGCGUUCCUUCAUGGCGAUCUUAAUGAAGAGGUUUAUAUGGUUCCUCCUCCCGGUCUUCGCCGACAGGGGGAGAACUUGGUAUGUCGGCUCAACAAGUCACUAUAUGGCCUCAAACAAGCUUCUCGCAAUUGGUUCUCUAAAUUUUCCACUGCUAUUCAGAACGCAGGGAAUGAUGCACAAGAAAUCCAACUUCUCAAAGAUUCUCUCUUGCGUCAAUUCCGAAUCAAGGAUCUUGGUAAUCUGAAAUACUUUUUGGGCAUUGAAGUGUCACGUUCUCGAAAAGGCAUCUUUAUGUCUCAACGGAAAUAUGCCUUGGAUAUAUUGCAAGACGCAGGCCUAUUGGGAGCAUGA